UCUUGAUCUGAUAACCGAGAGAAGAGGAUCUUCUUCAUCAAGGCAGUCCUAAGUGGAUCAAAGAGACAAAGUUGGUGUUUGAUAAUAUUGAAAUGGGAUCUGAUAUCUAAACAAACUCACGUUUUACAGUCUGAACGGUUGGAAGUCUAGGUGUGGCAUCUCCACUCUCAAGGGUACCACAGAACUUUGKKYAGCAGGUCUGGUAAAUUGGUUCACUUAAGAAUGACAGGCAGCAAAUCAAAGCCUUUCCCCUUUCAACUCACUCUCCGGCGCACCGUAGGACUCCGCAAGGCAUGAGGCCUAGUAUCUAGUAUUCCGUUUAUUUCAAUUSUCAGGUCUUUCAAUGGCUUUGGGAGCAGGCAUUCAUCUCCUCAAUUUUUUAUUGUUGUUGCUACCGCUACCUAGCAUGGGCCAAAUUUACCGUAACAUAAGCUUGGGUUCAUCUCUUUAUGCUGAUAAGUCUUUAACAUGGACCUCACCGUCUGGGGAGUUUGCCUUUGGCUUCAAGGCUAUCGGUACAAGUAGAGAUUUCCUACUUGCCAUCUGGUUCGACAAAUUACCUGAUAAGACCAUAGUUUGGUCUGCCAAUCGGAACAAUCUGGUACAGCGGGGAUCAAAAGUUCAACUGACAACAGAUGGGCGCCUAGUCCUCAACGACUCCAAAGGUCGAGAGGUAUGGAAGGCCGAAUUCAGCAAGGAGGUAGCAGCAAUCUACGCAGCCAUGCUUGACAAUGGGAACUUURUGCUAGCAGACCAAAAUUCUAGUACAAUAUGGGCGAGCUUUGGUUUUCCCACUGACACCAUGCUUCCUACACAGACAUUAGAAAAGGAGAGUCGUCUUGUUUCUGGUCGGUCAGAAACGAACUUUUCAAAAGGGAGGUUCCAUCUCCAUAUGCAGAAUGAUGGUAAUCUUGUGCUCACCAGAACAGCUUUCCCACUUGAUGUGUCUUACAAUGAUUAUUGGCUAAGUAACACAACAGAAACAGGUUCUCGAUUGGUCUUCAAUGAAACUGGUUACAUUUUCAUUAUACAAACAAAUGGAAGUGCACUACUGCUUAAUCCCAUAUCAGCAAACACAGUUUCGACAAGAGACUUCUACCAAAGAGCCACACUUGAUUGUGAUGGAGUUUUCAGGUAUUAUGUCUACCCAAAACCCACCGCCCCAACUGACGGUCGAUGGCCCAAUUCCUGGACCCCUAUUUGGUUUAUACCCGAUAAUAUCUGCUUACAAAUUUUUGGGCCCUAUGGCAGUGGCGCUUGUGGGUUUAACAGCUAUUGCAGACUAGAUGAUUACCAGAAAACUUAUUGUGAAUGCCCACCUGGGUACACCUUUAUAAAUCCAAACAACCGGUGGGAUGGAUGCAUACAGAACUUUUCCUCACCAUGCUUUGAAGAAGGAUCUCAAGAAGCUUCGCAUUAUGAAUUGAUACAAAUGCCUAACACCGAUUGGCCAUUGUCCGAUUUUGAGGACUUCUCACCAGUAAAUGAAGACUGGUGCAGAGAAGUAUGCUUGAACGAUUGUUUCUGUGCUGUUGCCAUAUUUAGAGAUGGCCAUUGUUGGGAAAAGAAGCUUCCACUUGGAAUGGGAAGGGUUGACCCAGUGGUUGGGGGAAAAGCUCUCAUCAAAGUUCCUAAAAGUAAGUCUUCCUUAAAGGCUUCAGAAAAGAAUGAUCGUCACUCGCCUUUGAUCCUGACAAGCUCAUUGCUUCUGGGUGGAUCCGUGUCUCUUUUACUACUAGCUUUUUUUCUGGUUACUCGCCACUUAUACCGUAGGAGAUUGCAGAAACCUCAGCCAUAUCAUUCUAUGCCAAGAUUGAAUCUACGAAAUUUCACUUUCAAAGAGCUGCAAGAAGCUACAGAUGGUUUUAAGGAUCUGAUUGGUACUGGUGCUUUUGCAACAGUUUAUAAAGGAGCCUUAGAAACUAGUAAUUUACUAAACUUUGUUGCAGUAAAGAAGCUAGACAAAUUGGUGAGGGAAAAUCAGAAGGAAUUUGAUGCCGAAGUAAGUGCAAUAGGUAGAACGAAUCAUAAGAAUCUAGUCCAACUACUGGGAUUCUGUAACGAGGGACAACAUCGUCUUCUAGUAUAUGAGUUUAUGAACAAUGGCUCUUUAGCAACCUUUCUCUUUGGAAGCUCAAGGCCUAACUGGAACCAAAGACUUCGAAUUGCAUUCGGGAUUGCAAGAGGGCUCACAUACCUCCAUGAAGGGUGCAAAACCCAAAUUAUCCAUUGCGACAUCAAGCCUCAAAACAUCCUUCUAGACGACUCUUUUACAGCAAGAAUCUCCGAUUUUGGGUUAGCAAAGCUUUUGAAAGCUGAUCAGACCCAAACUGAUACAGGCAUCAGGGGGACCAAAGGAUAUGUUGCUCCAGAAUGGUUCAAGCAUACGACCAUUACAACGAAGGUAGAUGUUUUCAGCUAUGGUGUCAUGUUACUAGAGCUUCUUUGUUGCAGGAGGAACAUUGAACCAAAGCUGGAAGAUGAAAACAAGGUGAUACUGAUAGACUGGGCUUAUGAUUGCUACAAGGAAGGAAGACUUGAUAUGUUAGUGGAGAAUGAUGAGGAGGCAAUGGACGAUAUGAAGGGGCUGGAGAAGUUUGUGAGAAUCGCAUUAUGGUGCAUUCAGGAGGAUCCAACACAGAGACCCACCAUGAAGAAGGUAACACAGAUGCUAGAAGGAGCCAUUGGAGUUUCUAUCCCACCAUGCCCUUCCUCAGUCACUAGUUCAAUUUAAUAAAACAACACUUGCAUUAUUCAUGGAUAUUUAUGUAUUUAUAGGAGGACUACUACUCAUAUCAAUUGCACUAAUUAAAAGGCCUCUCUCUUUCUCUCUU